AGGAGAUCAAAGCAUUAAACAAAGAAUCUGUUUCUGUCUUGGCGCGAGGUAGUUAGGUUGCGAAAGAAAAUGGAGAAUGCAAUGGCGGUGAUGUGGGAGAAUCUCAUGGGAAAUCAUAGCACGCCUUUCAAAUCACUUUUCCAGAGCAACGAGUCUUCCUUUUCCGGAGAUGUCGAUUCUCCCAAUCUCAUUCCUCAGCUCUCGCCCCUUGCAAACUCCGUCGUCGAUCGCUGUUCAAGGAUUCUUCAAGUUUCUACAGAAGAACUGCAACAUGGCUUUGACUCUGAGCUCCCUGUUGGUGUCAAAGGACUUCUGACUUAUGCUAGAAAUCUCUUAGAGUAUUGCUCCUAUAAAGCACUUGAAAAAACUAGUCAAAAUCAAGAUUAUUUAAGUGACAAGGAAUUUCGCCGUUUGACCUAUGACAUGAUGCUUGCCUGGGAGGCACCUAGCGUUGAAUGUGAUCUGCCACGACACCCUCCUCAACUGCAGGAAACUAUUCCUUCCUUUAAUCAUGAAACGGUGGAUGAAGAUGAGGGGUCCUUAUUUUAUUCAAGUUCUACAAAUAUGGCGCUUCAGGUUGACGUUGACAAGACAGUUGGUCCAGAAGCCUUUGCACGCAUAGCUCCUUCUUGUGUUCUUGUUGCUGAUAUAAUAACUGUCCACAAUCUUUUUGAUGCACUCACAAGUUCUUCAGGCCACCGCCUUCAUUUUCUUGUUUAUGACAGAUACUUGAGAAGCAUUGAUAAAGUCAUAAAGAAUUCAAAACAUGUGAUAGGCGCUUCAAUAGUGAAUCUUCAGCUUGCUGAUGGGGAGGUUGUCAUUGAUGUUGAUGGAACAAAUCCAACUCAACCAGUUCUGCAACACAUAGGAAUCUCUGCAUGGCCUGGACGAUUGAUCCUCACCAAUUAUGCUUUGUACUUCGAGCCUCUGGGAGUUGGCUCGUAUGAGGAAGCUGUUCGAUAUGACUUAGAAAUCGAUAUGAAACAAGUCAUAAAGCCUGAGUUAACUGGACCCCUUGGUACUCGUCUUUUUGAUAAAGCUGUGAUGUAUAAGUCAACUUCUCUAGCAGAGCCUGUUUAUUUCGAAUUCCCUGAAUUUAAUGCACACUUGCGUCGUGACUACUGGUUGGAAAUUUGUCUUGAGAUCUUUCGUGCUCAUGAGUUUAUAAGGAAGUACAACCAUAAAGAGAUGCAGAAAUCAGAAGUACUGGCCAGGGCUGCUUUGGGAAUCUUCCGCUAUCGUGCAGUUAGAGAUGCUUUUCAAUAUUUCUCUUCCCGCUAUAAAACUUUACUGGCAUUUAACCUUGCUGAAACUCUUCCUGGGGGAGAUGUCAUCCUGGAAACCUUGUCAAGUUGCUUGACAAAUUUGACUCCUGUUGUUGAUAAACAUAUUUCUGGUACAACAGAUACUAAAAGGCAACUGGCGGUAUCCCUGGCAUCUGUUUUGACACUUGCUCAUCUUGGUUUUAUAUCACUGAAGGCCGAUUUUUAUGAAGAAGCAGCUGUUUGUGGUGAUAUUCGCGUCGGUGAGACAACUCCAUUGGAAGUGGCAGUGAAAAAAUCCAUUCUUGACACAGGAAAGGCGCAAGCUGCACAGGAAACAGUGGACCAAGUGAAGGUUGAAGGCAUUGACACUAAUGUUGCAGUAAUGAAGGAACUAUUAUUCCCUCUCAUUGAAACUGCUGGUCGUCUGCGGCUUUUGGCCUCAUGGAAAGACUUCUAUAGAUCAGGAACAUUUUUGUUAGCUGCCAGUUUCAUGAUUUUACGGUUGUUUUCAGAUGGAUACAAGCAAGGUAGCCUAAUACUGCUUAAUGUACGUUGGUAGUUCAUGGCUGUUUGCCAUUCAAAGAACAGCAGAGGCCUCUAGUAUGCCAAAUGAAUUGGAGCAUGUACGCUAUAUGGUCUUUGAAAUCAAAGCACUAGAACUUGUAGAGGGUGCAUUUGAGAGAGUAACUAAUCAAGUGAGACGAAGAAGCCGUGAAUUUACAUCCUUCAGGGAAGUAAUAGUGGAGCUGAUCAGAAUUCGUUCUAAAACUUUCUCUGUUGUGCUCAAUACUAGCAGUUGUGCGUGCGAGUUUAUUUUAUUCAUUUCUCCUUGAGAGCUUCAGCGUUGGUAAGAAAGGGUUCCACAUCCGCACGUAACUCUACAUAAUUGAAUAUCAUUAGUACACCCACACGCAACUCUACAUAAUUUGCCCUAUAGGGGUUACACACACACACACACAGAUAUUAGGGUCAAUUGAUUGACACUGUGGAUUGUUUGAAAAGGCACCUCUUGGCACCUGACUGAAGGCAUGAGAGGUGAUGAGCCUUUUUUGUGCAGGCGAGCACCGUUGACAACAUUGGUUGAUCUUUUAUUGAGUCAUUUACUUUAGGGGGAAUUAUACUUUUUUUUAGGGAGAAUUAUACUCAGUUCCCGACAAUACAAGUAAAUAUCACAAGGUUUAAUGAUAACUCUAUGGUGGACCUAAAAAAGUGCAUCUUUAUGAACUAUUGUACCUUAACAUAGUUACUCAAUCUUCCACAUGUUACUGCCACAAACUCCUACAAGGUUUCUGUAGUUAAUGGUGAAUUGAUUGACUUGCAGUGCUUUAACUUCAUCCAAAAUGUUCAUUGCCGCUCAGAUGAAACAAUGUUGACUUUCAAUAAUGAUAGUCUUAAAUUGCAUUUCAUUGUACAGGGGGUGGACCCAGUACAUUUUGCCAUCCAUUUUAGUGUCCUUUGCGGGUCUUAUGCUCUGGCGUAGGCAUUUCAACAGUGGAAGACAAGCAGAAGCUUUUAGAGUAACAUCUCCCCUAAAUCGAAAUGCAGUAGAACAACUAU